CAUAUUCCAUUUGGUUGGGGAUCAAGGAGUUGUAUUGGUAUGAGGUUUGCACUAAUGGAGGCUAAAGCAUGUUUAGUGAGUAUAUUGAGGAAGUAUAGGUUUGAAAGAUCACCUGAUACUCAGGUGCCGUUGCAACGGAAAUUUAGCCUCACACAAUCUCCAAAGAAUGGGAUAUAUUUGAAACUUAUCAAAGUUUAGAAGAGCUACAUCCUAUCCCAUAUAAUCAUAAGAAAUUGCUUGUUAACAUUUAUAAUAACUAUAGUUUUAAUGAGUUUUUUUAGCUUUUCUAAUGCACCUAUUUUUGCUGCAAACAAUAAUUAAUUUGAUCUAAAAGAAUUUAAAGAAGUCAUAGAUUAAUGGGUGUGUCUAAAUCUAUCAGUGAAAUUCUUAAUAAUGUGGAUCACUCUUCUUUCUCUUGCUUCUCUGCUUCUGCUCUAUUGCUGGUACUUUUUUUGUUAUGCUCCUUACCGAGUUCUGAAGAGACUUGGCAUCACUCAUCCUCCAGUGAGGCCUUUCAUGGGGAAUGCAUUACAAGUAUUGAAACUGGGGUAUAAUGAUCUUCUGACCAAAUGGAUCAAUGAGAACGGAAAAGUAUUUGGUUAUUACAUUGGUGCCAAGGUUCACAUUGUAGUUGCUGAUCUUGACAUACUAAAAGUGAUAACAGUAAAAGAAUCCGACAAAUUUAUUGAUACUGAUAAAGAGCCUGACGUCAUGAAUCAAGUGCGUAAAAAUAUCAAAUUAGGAUCUGGUUUGGUUUUUGAAAAAGACGAGGAAUGGAAGCGAGUUAGACGCAUUGUUUCUCCAACUUUUUCAAUUAAGAAACUAAAGCAGAUGAUGCCACUGGUUGAAAGAAAUUGUGAUAUUCUAAACACUGUGUUUGACGGAAUUAGCAAUACAGGACAAAGUGUGAAUAUCCACAAGAUUUUUGGUCAGUUUAGUCUGCAGACUAUGCUUGCUGUUGCUUUUGGUUCUGAAGUUAAUUUACUGAAAGGAGAGGGGAGUUUACUGACAGAUGCAGCUGCUGGAUUUUUUGGAAGUUUGAGUGAUUCUUUCUUUACAUGGGAAAACAUAUUUUCUUCUCAUUUCCCAAUUCUAAUGAAGUAUGCCAGUGUAAUGGUUGCUAAAUAUGUGCCACUAGCAAGCCACAUGAAGAAUAUCAAUGAUGCAUCGAUGGAGAUCUUAAAAUCAAGAAGGGAGCAAGUAGAAAGUGGUUCAGAAAAGUUGAAGGACUUUAUUCAACUAUUAAUGGAUGCCAGAGCUGAUGAAUCAUCAGAUGAAGAGAGUUCCAAUAAGGAGAAUAUGCUAAAUGACUUGCAGAUUGCUGGAGUUUGUUUUGAUUUCAUGGUGGGUGGAUAUGAAACAACUGCUAAUGCUCUUGCCUGCACUUCAUAUCUACUGUCACUCAAUCCUGAUGAACAAGAACGGUUAUGUGAAGCUAUUGAUAAUUACUAUCAGGAAAAUGAAGAUGCUUCAUUGUAUGAUGCUUCACAGAAUAUUCCUUAUCUUGAUUGGGUCAUUCAAGAGGCACUAUGCAUGCAUCCAGCAGCAUCAUAUCGGCCUCGUCUAUGCAAUGAAACCUGUACCAUUAAUGGUGUUACUUUCCUUAAAGGAGCUAAAGUUAUGAUUCCUAUUCAGUACCUACACUAUUCACCUGAACACUGGGAGGAGCCUGAUGCAUUUAAACCAAGCAGGUUUAGUCCAGAAGGCAAGGAGGGUAGGAAUCCUUUGUCUCAUAUUCCAUUUGGUUGGGGACCAAGGAGUUGUAUUGGUAUGAGGUUUGCACUAAUGGAGGCUAAAGCAUGUUUAGUGAGUAUAUUGAGGAAGUAUAGGUUUGAAAGAUCACCUGAUACUCAGAUACCAUUAAUGAAGAAACAAGGUCUUACUCAAUCUCCAAAAGAUGGCAUUUUUCUAAGAAUUAUCAAGGCUUGACUCUAAUUCUAAAUUCGAAUUAUUAAUAUAUUAUUUUCAUUUUCAGGGAGUUUACAAGCAUAACAAUAUUUUUAA